GGGAGCUGCCCGCCAGCCGAGCGCCGACUGCCCCGCGCGCGCGCCCGCCCGCCCGGCUCGGCCCGCACCGAGACCCGCAGCCCAGGGAGCUCCGCGCCCACAGCCAUGAGCGGCUGCCGCGUCUUCAUCGGGAGGCUGAACCCGGCCGCCAGGGAGAAGGAUGUGGAGAGGUUCUUCAAGGGAUACGGCCGCAUCCGGGACAUCGAUCUGAAGAGGGGGUUUGGGUUUGUGGAAUUUGAGGAUCCGAGGGAUGCAGAUGAUGCUGUCUAUGAAUUGGAUGGAAAAGAGCUUUGCAGUGAGAGGGUUACAAUUGAGCAUGCAAGAGCACGCUCUAGGGGUAGAGGCAGAGGGAGGUACUCUGACCGUUUUAGUAGCCGCCGUCCACGUAGUGACAGGAGAAAUGCCCCACCUGUAAGAACAGAAAAUCGCCUCAUAGUAGAAAAUUUGUCUUCCAGAGUCAGCUGGCAGCCUAUCUGUGUCGUUGGCCUUAUGACGAGGAGUGCCUGUGGGUUAUCCUAAUCGUUCUGUCUUGGUCACUCUUGGUUGGGCCUGGUUGACUUUCCAGUCAGCUCCUACAAUGUCACUUGGCCACCUCUAGAUCUGUGUUUGCCGGUCUAGACGUAAUCGAUGCACUCCUUAAAGUGCCACAUUGCAGCGAUCCCCGAGCGUUAACGAGAUCUGAUUCCUAAGUUGAGAGCUGUUCUUCCUGUAACGCUUCCGAAUAAAGAGGUCCUGGUCGAAAAGAGUUGAAAGAUACGAAAUUAGGUGGUCGUUGGAAUCCUGAUCGCAGUAAAGUGGUCCUUGGUAACAUCAAGCAUAGAGAAUGUCUGGAUCCAUCAAUAGUCUCCUAAUAGGGAGGGCAGUGCGAUUAAUGGCUUCCAUCGACUGGGUAGUGUUCGUCAAGUGGGUGGCGAAGAGCCAGUCGGGCAUAUAUCAUGACGGUAUCUCCGGUCGCUUAAUGCAGUUUGCUGCUUGGCUAGCCUAGGGAAAUGUUAAUAAAGGUAAAGUAAACUAUAUUUUUAAUGACAUAUGGGGCACAAAAUAAUUGGUGUUAUGUAAAUGUAAUUCUGUAUGCAUAUAAGACUCGUAAUGUAAAUGAAAACUGAAAUAGUACAAAAAUAUAUGGGUAGUAUUUCACACUCAGUCCCGUAUAUAUACAAAUGUACUUUUUUUAUUUCUUUCUCUCUCUCUCUCUCUUUCUUAUUUAAUCUAUAUAAUCUUUGUAGACUAAUAUUUUCCUUAAUGUUAAGACACUUUAUUAGCAUUUUGCUUAAAGCAAUAUGCUUUUUUCAUUUAUUUCGUGCCCUGAUAUAGAUAAUUCAAUUUUGAUAGAAUACAAGUAUGGCAAUUGCCAUGUUUGUAAUUUAUCUAACAUCCUCUCUUUCAGUAGUCAUAAGUUUCUUUUGUUUGUUUUUAACUAUUUUUAUAUAGAUAAGUAUUAAUUUCACUUCUUUGCAUAACAUAACUGGUCUUGUGUUAGGAUC